GCGUUGAGAAGUUUGGAAGUGGUGUGCGGCCGCACAUGGUCGCACCGUCCAUGAAAAACAUUAAUUUCAGAUUGAGCCCACCACUACUUUUUUGUUGCUACUCAUUUUCCAUGCUCCUAUAAUUACAUCUAUCUAUAUAUAUUACUCCCAACAAUCAAAUACCAUUCAUUCAACAUUUCCUCCGACAGCAGAGAGAGAGAGAGAGAAGAAAAAGGUGAAUCAAUUAAUUAGCCAUGGCAGCUUCAUCCGCCUCUACUAUUUUGAAGGUUGCCGUCUCCUCCCCUUCUCCCGCCAGACUGCCGCCGUCCGCCGCCUCCCAGAAACUCCCAUCCAAGCAGAAACACUCCCUCCCUAAACCCCUCGCUCUCUCCACCACUAAAUCAUUCUCAUGCAGAGCACAGGCUGCAGCUGAUUCAACACCCCGUCCCCAGAAAGUUCAAGAGCUGCACGUCUACGAGAUCAACGAGCGUGAUCGCGGCAGCCCCGCAUACCUCCGAUUGAGCCAAAAAACCGUCAAUUCCCUCGGCGAUCUCGUGCCUUUCAGCAACAAGGUGUACACCGGCGACCUGAAGAAACGGGCUGGAAUAACGGCGGGGAUAUGCAUCCUGAUAAAGAACGAAGCAGAGAAGAAGGGCGACCGGUACGAGGCCAUCUACAGCUUCUACUUGGGCGACUACGGCCACAUCGCCGUGCAGGGGCCCUACCUCACCUACCAAGACACCGAGCUCGCCGUCACCGGCGGCUCCGGCGUCUUCGAGGGCGUCUACGGCCACGUCAAGCUCCACCAGAUCAUCUUCCCCUUCAAACUCUUCUAUACCUUCCACCUCAAGGGCAUCCCCGACCUGCCGCCGGAGCUGCUCGCCCAGCCGGUGCCGCCCGCGCUCCACGUGGAGCCCACCCCCGCCGCCAAGACUUGUGAACCGGGAGCCACGCUCCCUAACUUUACCAAUUAGUUUCUCCGUUGACGGGUCGUUGCUUCCAUGUGUAAUAAAUUAAUUUUUAAGAUUGAUUAAAAUACUA